ACGACCCGAAUAUUGUUGUAAAGGAACUGUUUUCGCUGCAUAACUCGAUGCACUCAUUUCUAAUGAAUGAUACAAACCAACUUUUAACACUUAAGUUUCAACUUGAUGAUAGUAUUGACGAUGUUGCCCGACUAACUGAAUCAUUCAACGCUUCAUAUUCUUUACAAGCUUUGUCAGGAAAUACGCAACAGAUGAUGACUUACAGCCAUGAAUUUCCUUGCCAUUAUCAUGGGUUUGAUUUAUAUGUUCUUGAGUUAACAACAUGUCCAAAAGUUACUGUAUCCAAAAAAGAUGUUCCAUGGAAGAAAUUUGAAGACGAAAUCAUUUUUGUUGAUGGUAAUUUUAGGCUUACUCGGUUUGAAUACUACUUCCUUGACAUGGGUCACAUAAUGAUUUGCACAGACAGUUACAAAGAGUAUUUGUCCGUUACUUCAAAGUCAAAAAAGGGAAGUCAUUUGUCAGCGGAAUUAAUUACAUCAAUAUCUGUUAUUACAUUAUCCAUCAUAGCUCUUUGUGUUACAUUAUUUCUUUACUGUUUCCUUUCCAACCUUAGACAAUCGGUUCCUGGUAAAAAUAACGUGUCACUUGUAACAGUAUUGCUAUGUGCUCAGUGUCUGUAUUUGAUAAGUAGUUUCUCUGAGUUAGAUGAAUAUUCUACCAUUUGCUUUGUGCUUGGUUUAUUUGUUCAUUUCUCCUGGCUUGUUGCUUUGUUUUGGAUGAAUAUUUGCACAUACCACAUGUUCCGUGUUCUUGCAAAAACAAGGGUGAUAACAAGUUCAUCGGGAAUGAAACGAUUGAUAUUAUAUCAUGCGUACGCUUUUUUAAUGGCUGCAGUAUUCGUUUCUAUGAAUAUUGUCCUAUCUUAUAUCUCAAACGGUGACUAUGGAUAUGGUGGUAAAGCUUGCUAUAUCACUUCACAAAGAAUGUUAAUAUUGACGUUUGGUAUUCCGGCUACAUUGAUUGUACUUUCCAAUCUUAUCAUGUUCACAGUUGUGGUGAUCAAGAUCAAACGAUCUCCAUCAGUCCAAAAGAAUGUAAAAAACGAACGUAACGAUAUUGUCAUCUUCGCAAAGUUAUCAACUAUCACCGGAGCGACCUGGAUAUUUGGACUGCUGUAUAUGUUUACCAAAUCUAUUGUAUUAUCAUAUAUUUUCAUUUUUCUCAAUGCAAGUCAAGGUAUCUUUAUAAUGUUUUCGUUUGUGGUAAAUAGGCGAGUGUACAAUUUACUAAGAGAAAAAAGUUUUGGGAUUGGAUGUGUGUCAUCAAGUAGUGGCCAAACGACAACGCGCACAAUGUAGAUGAACAUCCAGGAAACAUGAUUUGAAACGAGAACUACAGGAUGCUCCAGAGAUACCCGGCAUUAAGCCAUACAUUUAAUGAUUUUUAACUUAAGUUCAUAUUACAAACACUGUCUUAAUGCGAUAUAUAUCCUCGAUAAAAAAGGCAGUUAAACAAAUUAUGACCAACAUAUGCAUAUCUAAGCAAACAUAAUAUUGCGCAUUCGUCGCAGUCUAUACGCUGAGACAAUGUCAUUAGUAUUGACGUCACAAUAACCUUUGCCUUGGGUGAAUAAUUAUGUUUUUGUUGGAAAAUUUUAGAUGUCGCUUUCCGUAAGUGUGCAAAAGGUGUGCUAAGUUACGACAGUGCUAGCAACUUAAACAUAUGACUCUGUCGUUUAAUUGUGUGGAAAAUCGAAAAUCAUACGACAUUAAAGGCGAAGGCAUAAACCAUUUUAAAUUUUUAUAUCAUUUUUUUAA